CGCCGCUGGCAGCUGCCAGUGGCUCUGAAGAGGUUGCUAGGAGAGAGCUGACAUUACCACCCCCGCCGAGCCUCCCAGGAGGGAGGAGCCGCAGUGACAUGUCUCCCGACACCUGUCCGGGCAGCGGUCAGUCAUGAGCGACAUAAGCCGAGAUUCGGUCAUCUCCUUCUUGAGGGAGAAGGGCGGCCGUGUCCCCAACCAGCAGUUGGUGGAGCAUUUCCGGCCGCUGCUGACCGCUGCGCCUCCCGGAGAGGCCCGGGCCGCUAACCGACAGCUCUUCAAGGAUAUCGUGAAUGAGGUGGCGAGCGUGCGGGCGGAGGGCGAGGUGAAGUACGUGUGUCUGCGGAAAAAGUACCGGAGAGCGGGGGAGUCCGGCGAGGACCCAGCAGCCGGAGCACGGCAGCCAGAACCGGGCGGCAGCCCGAUCUCCGCACACAGCCCGGAUUCCAGCAGCGGGGAGGACGCGAGCAGCACACCGGAGCCCAGCGAUGAGCCGCCGGAAGAGCAUCCUCCGGACUCCGGGGAGGAGGCGGGAGAUGGUUCACCGGGGUAUGACGCACCUCCCAUCAUCUCCGUGACCGAGGAGCCGGAGGACGAGAGCCAGGCAGCCAAGCGCCCCCCAGGAACGCCCGAUGUCUCCCUCCUGAGCGGGAGGACUCCGCGGAACAGCCGCAGGGGCGUCCGGGACCCGGUGUCCCCACAGCUGCGCCGGGGAGGACUGCUGCUCCGGGCCGGGCUCCGGGACUCUGACAGCUCGUCCCUGCACAGCUCCUCGUCCGUGUCCGGGAAUGAGGAGGACGAGGCGGGCUCGGUGGCGCUGGAGCCCUUGGAGCACGCCUGGAUGCUGAGCUCGUGCCGGGCGCGCUGGGACUCCCUGCAGGAGCUGCUGCUCGCCGAGCCCGGCCUCAUCACCCGCCGGGACUUCAUCACCGGCUUCUCCUGCCUGCACUGGGCGGCCAAGCACGGGCAGCACGAGCUCCUGGCAACGCUGCUCACCCACGCUCGCCAGCACCGGGUGCCUGUCAACAUCAACGCCCGGGCGUCCGGGGGCUACACCGCCCUGCACCUGGCCGCUAUGCACGGCCACCUGGACGUCAUCAAGCUGCUGGUCGGGGCGUACGAUGCGGAGCUGGACAUCAGAGACUACAGCGGGCGGAAAGCCUGGCAGUACCUGAGCCCGGACACGGCCCGCGAUGUGCAGGCGCUGGUGGGAGCGGUACCGGCUGCGGCCGAGGAGGACGAGGGGAGCUCGGGAGCGGGCCGCUGGCGGCUCUCCCGGGUGCUGCCCUCCCAGCUCAUUGUGCACCGGCUGUCACAGCUGCCCGAGGACGAGCUGGACGGUGGGGGGCGCCACAGAGGGGACAUCAGCAGGAAGGGCUCCGGGAGACCGCGGCUCAAUAAGAUCAGGUUCAGGACGCAGAUCAUCCACAGUAACCUGUCCGCCCGAGACCCCGAGGACGAGAUGUUCAAGAGCCCCAUGAGACACCGGCCCAAGUCCAAUGUGUUCGGCUGACGCUGCCCCACUGUGACUGGACUAUGUAUGAGGCGGCCUCAGGACUAUACACAUACAGGCGGCCUCGUGCAACCAGAUCUCGGCUUUUAUUUUUCCAGCGCAGCUUUGAAAAUGAUAGGUGUGAUUUCAUUGGUUGCUAUGGGUAACUGCUGAACAGUGUGUAUGCAUUCCUUACUAGCCUAGACGGGUAAAGUGAAAGCUGCAGUCUGAUUGGCUGCUAUAGAGUUUGUAUUUUUACUAAUUUUAUAUACAAAUAUGUUGCACAUUUUUUGAAGCUAACAAAUAGUUGUACUACAGUGGUGGUGAGGUGGAAGGGUGUUUGAUAGAACUGUAAUAUUUGGUACAGGAGGCCGCCUGUCUUUUAUAACUUAUGGGUGGUCCAGUGCUUCAUGUAAAAUAAGGCACCAAGGGGGAGAUUUAUCAAAGCUGGUGUCAAGGAAAACUUUAGCAACCAAUCAGAUUCCACCUUUCAUUUUCCAAAGGAACUCUGAUAAAUGACAGGUGGAAUCUGAUUGGUUGCUAUGGGCGACUAAGCCAGCUCUACUUUACACCAGUUUGAUAGAUGACCCCAUACAUUUCUAUUUUUGUACCUCACCUGCCCCCGUGAUACACAUUGCACAGAUAGCACUUUCUGUAAAUGUAACGUCCCAUAAGCUGAGAACUGAAUGGCGGUCAUGUCAGGCCCGGGUGAGGUGGGGUGUCAUGUCUGCCAAGUUUGGAUCCAGCAGGGAAGAAAGGUAUAGAAGCAGGCGGACAUGUUGCAGUUUAUAGUGAAGGCCCUUAUCAUCGGAUCUUCUGUGGAUUCGGCUGCGGGGAAGGGAAUCGCUUACCUUGCCUGCCUGAGGAUUAUUUGGUGCUCGUGUCUGUGUUUCAGUAUACUUGACGUCACAAUGUCACAAACCAGUGCGACACAGUACCAGGUAGCAUGACUGGGAGGCGGUAGGAUGAACUUAAAAGGGUUUGUCAAGUUUUAAACGUAUAUAUCUGGUCCUCAUAGAUGGGGACUAAGAGAAUGAUCGGUGGUGGUCCAACUUCUCGCAAAGCUGGGGUCCUGUGCCAACCCUCCGAGUACAGUGAUCACAUGUGCGCUGCUGCUCUAUUUAUCUCUGGGACUGUGGAGGAGAAGCGGCGUACACAGUAUGGCCCCAUAAAGAUGAAUGCAGCAGCAUUGCACAUGACACAGGACCUUCCCCUGAUCGGUGGAGGUCCCAAUGGUUGGACCCCCACCAAUCAGACUCGUAUCCACAAAACUUGGCAAACCCCUUUAAUGAUGUACACUAGCAUAUCGAUAUUUGUAUUAGCGAUUGCCUAUACGGUCGCUGCAAGUGAUAUAAUAGCAGUUACAGACCUUGUUGAGCCGCCUGUUUAAUGUGGUCACUUGUCGGCCAUUGCUCCUAAAUUUCUGCUUCAGGAACACACAAAUCUAUUACUUUAUUGUAAUGAUGUUAUUCCUCUUUCUGUUAAGUGGAUAAAAAAAAUGUAACUUUUUCACACAAAGUCCACGAUGGAUAAGCCCAUUUCCUUGAAUAGAAGGGAUUCUGGGUGCAGAUUUUUCAGCGAAAAAUAAUCAUUAAACUGCACAUGGUCUAAAGCUUUGAUUUAUACCUCUCUUCCCUUGUUGGAUCCACCCCCCAACCAUUGAGGGCGGCAGAGACAUUGCACGGUAACCAGAUGUGUGACCCUGGCUGAGGCUGAGUUCACCGUCGGCUUUGUUUUCUUUUUAAGGAGAGGAGAGACGUCCAGAUUUACUUUGUAAAGUGAUAUACUUCUCCCUGUGACCAGUUCACGUGAAAGCCUAUGUAUAGCCUACAUCUAACAACUGCACAACACUUGCAAGUAGUCUUGAUUGAAAAUAUCCUACCAUACUGUGUAUACAGUUCCUGUGUCUCCAUGGUUACAGACUACAAACAGAACCUGAGUAGUCAGAUCCUGCAAUACUCAGUUCCAUGUACUUUUUGAUAAAAUUGGUGUUUGAGAUUUAUCAAGGCCUGGUGUUUCCGUAUUCCAGUCUUGAUUUCCCCCCCCCCCCCCCCCCCUGCAGAUGUCUCAAUAAAUUUGGAGUAUCUCUGGCCCUGGUGCGCCA